AUGAGAAAUGGCGUGGUGACAAGCAACAGCGAUGUACGCAUCGUGGUAGCCAGCUCGUCUCUUCACCAUACAUGCCAGCAUAUCGAUCUGGAUCUUCUAUCGUCUGCGUCGCGCAUCAAAUGGCCUGCAUUGUAUGAUGGGGUAUGGCGAUAUGGACGAUCCAAGCUUGGGAACAUCCUCUUUGCCAAAGAAUUGAGCCGUCGGCUGUUGAGCGACGGUGAUCCAGUCAGCAACCGUAUAUAUGUCAACUCUUUCUUCCCGGGAAUGAUCGUUACUGAUCAGUGGCUUGGAUGGGAUACGUAUUUCGGGAGUACUCUUGGUUGGCUGAUGAGAGCGGUUGGGUCUUGGGGCCAGACGUUAGAGGAUGGCGCGACUACGGCUUUGUAUCUUGCUGCCAGUGACGAUGUACGCGAGAAGAACCAUCGCGGCCAAUACUUCAUUCCAAUUGCGGCAGAGUACGAGCCGAGCUGGAUUGCAGGUAACAUGGAGCUUGCUCGAGAUUUAUGGGUAAGUAUGUUCUCGCCUUUUGCGUGCUUUAGCUCACGAAACAGGACUGGAUCGAUGCCCAGGCAACAGAGACACUAG